AUGCUGCGCUUCCUGGUGCCCCGGCUCUUUCGCCUGCGCCGGCUGGCCACCCCGUACUCCUCAGCAGCAGCCCUCCCCAGCCCCAUCCUGAACCCAGACAUCCGCUACAACCAGCUGUUCAUCAACAAUGAGUGGCAAGAUGCGGUCAGCAAGAAGACCUUCCCAACAGUCAGCCCUGGCACGGGGGAGGUCAUCUGCCACGUGGCUGAAGGGGACCGGCCUGACGUGGAUUGGGCAGUGGAAGCAGCCCGGGAGGCCUUCCAACUGGGGUCUCCAUGGCGCCGGAUGGAUGCCUCAGAGCGGGGCCGGCUGCUGAGCCUCUCUUUGUUCUGAGGGUGGUGGGACAUCAACACCGGACUGAAGGUUGCCCAGAUCUUCCCCAAACCGAGAUUACCCCCCCCAACCCCUCUUUUUAACCACAUCAACAAUGGGAAGCCUUUCCCGGAUUCUUAUGUCUUGGACCUGGAUGAGGUCAUUAAGGUAUACCAGUACUUUGCUGGCUGGGCUGACAAGUGGCAUGGCAAGACCAUCCCCAUGGAUGGCGAGCAUUUCUGCUUCACCCGGCACGAGCCUAUUGGCGUCUGUGGCCAGAUAAUCCCGUGGAAUUUCCCCUUGGUCAUGCAGGGCUGGAAGCUGGCCCCGGCACUUGCCACGGGCAACACUGUGGUCAUGAAGGUGGCAGAGCAGACGCCCCUUUCUGCCCUGCACUUGGCCUCCCUCGUCAAAGAGGUGGGCUUUCCCCCUGGGGUGGUAAACAUCAUCACAGGCUAUGGCCCAACAGCAGGAGCGGCCAUUGCCCAUCACAUGGAUAUUGACAAAGUUGCCUUCACUGGCUCCACCGAGGUGGGCCACCUGAUCCAGAAGGUGGCCGGCGAUUCCAACCUCAAGAGAGUCACCCUGGAGCUGGGUGGGAAGAGCCCGAGCAUUGUGUUGGCCGAUGCCGACAUGGACCACGCCGUGGAGCAGUGCCAUGAAGCCCUGUUCUUCAACAUGGGUCAGUGCUGCUGUGCCGGUUCCCGGACCUUCGUUGAAGAAUCCAUCUAUGAUGAGUUUCUCGAGAGAACUGUGGAAAAAGCUAAGCAGAGGAAAGUUGGGAACCCCUUUGAGCUGGACACCCAGCAGGGGCCCCAGGUGGACAAGGAACAGUUUGAACGAAUCCUGGGCUACAUCCAGCUUGGCCAGAAGGAGGGGGCAAAACUUCUGUGUGGUGGGGAGCGUGUUGGAGAGUGAGGCGUCUUCAUCAAGCCCACGGUCUUUGGUGGUGUGCAGGAUGACGUGAGGAUUGCCAAGGAGGAGAUCUUCGGGCCUGUGCAGCCUCUGUUCAAGUUCAGGAAGGUGGAGGAGGUGAUUGAGAGGGCCAACAACACCAGGUAUGGCUUGGCCGCUGCUGUGUUCACCCAGGACCUGGACAAAGCCAUGUACUUCACACAGGCACUCCAAGCUGGGACGGUGUGGGUAAACACCUACAGCAUUGUCACCUGCCACACGCCAUUUGGAGGCUUUAAGGAAUCUGGCAAUGGGAGGGAGCUGGGGGAGGAUGGGCUUAAGACCUACACAGGGGUGAAGACAGUCACCAUCAAGGUUCCUCAGAAGAACUCGUAA